AUGACUUCAAGAUUACGAAAAUUUGAUAAAUCAAUACUUUCCCAAACAAUAGAUUUCGAUAAUGACGAUAACGAUGAUGAUGGUCAAUUACUUGAUACUCAAGAUCAAAUUGAUUUAAUUGAUAAAUUAACUAUAUCAAAUCGUGAAAUUUUUAAAAAAUAUAUUCGAUAUUUAUCAAUUUUUUAUAUUUUUCAAAUAUGUUUAUUAUCAAUUAUUCAAAUUAUUAAAAAAUCUAAAGAUUUAUCUUAUUUAUUAUUCACUUUAUCAAUUUUAUUAAAUUUAAUCAUGGUGAAUUAUACUCAAUAUAAUAAAGUUAUUAAAAUAUUAAGUGUGUUUAUAAGUCUACAGUUGACUUAUAUUGGAUAUUUUCUUAGAAGAGAAGAGAUGUUGUUGUUAUGUGUUGUUCCAUGGUUUAACACAAUCACCCCUUAUGUGUUUACUUAUUGGUUUACUAAUAUGAAUAAUCUGGUCGAAGAGUUGAAUAAAUUGAAAUAUGAGUACAAGAAUGUAUAA